GCACGACUCCUUGUGUUUUCUGAUUGUGACGUGCGCGCGUUUGAUGACUUCCUAUCGAGCAGCAUUGCCAAACUGAUGGCGUCUCGGGGAGGAGGAGGAGCGCAUGCUAGCCGGCCGCCGCUGAGGGUGGGGCGCACCAAGGAGUACCGCAUGGGCAGGGACACGCAGCUACUCGCCGCCCAGGGCUCGCCGGUGAGCCUCUUCGUUCUCUGUGGCGACCGGUUCGAGGGUUCGCAGCUGUUCCGCUCUGGCGAACUGUCGGUGCACAUGAUCCGGGUCGAGGGCCACCCCGUGUCCAUGGCCUCUUGCACCGUCGGUGACCACCAGUGGAUGCUCGCCAGGGACGCACUCGUUGCGCGCGUUGACGCCCGCGUCUUCGUCUUCGAGCUGCCGGGGUUCUUCUACGCAGUCGUCGUGCCGCCGGACGACGCCGUCGGCUCCGGGGCCGCGGAGAGGAAAUGCGCCACACUGGCCGAGAUCUUCUCUCGGUUCUGCGCGUACCAGGAUCUCUCCAAUGCAGAAGGUGGAGAAGAAGCCGGCGACCAGCAGAGCCAGCACUGGAACCCAUGGGUUCGCGCACACGCUAGGAUACAGCGCCUCGGGAGGCCCACUACGAUGCCCGGCCGGGCAACCGCCGACGCGCCUGCCGCCAUCGGCAGCGCCAGGCAGAUGGAGCGCGCCGUGCGCACGUCGGCCGUUGUGAAGCUGCUCAACCGUUCCCUGCUCGCCGGCGCGCUCCAGCCCGCGCGGCACCUGACAAUCACCCUCGGUGCCGGUGUCGGCGCUGGCGCUGUUCGCGGCACAAGCGCACUCCCCACUGCCUUCGCCGCGGCGCUGCCGAGUAAGUCCGUCGUGUCCGACCUGCUCGACGCCAUCGAGACGAGCCGGAUGAACGCGCCCCGCCGCGAGGCCCGCCGUGGCAACGGCCCGGGCUGGUGGAGCCUCAACGUCGAGGGCGUCAUGCUGCUGCUCAGAGUCGUUCAGGCGAUCCGGGGCAGGAGGCUGCCAGCGGCUCUGGGUGUGGGCACGAAGAGACCGCGCGAUGAUGGGAACGGAGGCGCCGGGCACGAUGGUCUCAAAGGUGGCAGCGGCGUUGGACCGGCGCUCGGCGGCAGCGGGGCACGUCGGUGGUGCGGCGGGAAGCAGAGGAAGCUGGGGAACACGGUGGGUGCAUGGGGAAGCUCUUGA